UCAGCCUGCUUUCCAGCUGAGCGCGCUCUCGCUCCCUCCCUCCCCCGCGUGUGUGCGCGCGCGCUCGCUCGCUCCCGCGCUCGCGCUGUCAUCAUUCCCGCUCCGCUCGCGGCUCAGAAUGGCCAGAUCCAGUCAGACUGAAGGGAGACGGCAGCAGCAGCCCCCGCAGCCCCCGCAGCCCCCGCAGCUCCAGCCCGCCCUCUGCAGCCCGCAGCAGCACCAGAACCCCCGGAACCCGCCCCCCAAGCCCAUGAACGGGUCCGACCCCCCCUCCAUCCACGCGGAGAGCGGCACCAUGAAAGACCAGGACGCCAUCAAGCUGUUCGUGGGUCAGAUCCCGCGGAACCUGGAGGAGAAGGACCUGAAGCCUCUGUUCGAGCAGUUCGGGAAGAUCCACGAGCUGACGGUUCUGAAGGACCGCUACACCGGCUUGCACAAAGGUUGUGCGUUCUUGACGUACUGCGCCCGAGAGUCGGCCAUCAAGGCCCAGAAUGCCCUCCACGAACAGAAGACGCUGCCGGGGAUGACCCGCCCCAUCCAGGUGAAACCCGCCGACAGCGAGAGUCGAGGAGAAGACAGGAAGCUGUUCGUCGGGAUGCUGAACAAACAACAGACCGAGGAGGACGUUUACCGCCUCUUCGAACCCUACGGAGUCAUCGAGGAGUGCACGGUCCUGAGAGGUCCGGACGGAAACAGCAAAGGCUGCGCCUUUGUGAAAUUCUCUGCACACACGGAGGCUCAGGCUGCCAUCGGCGCUCUGCACGGCAGCCAGACCAUGCCGGGCGCCUCCUCCAGCUUGGUGGUCAAGUUCGCCGACACAGACAAAGAGCGCACCAUCAGACGCAUGCAGCAGAUGGUGGGACAGUUCGGCAUCUUCAACCCGGCCAUCGCCCUUCCCUUCAGCACCUACAGCUCCUAUGCACAUGCGCUCAUGCAGCAGCAGGCAGCCAUCAUGGCGGCCAGCCACGGAGGUUACCUCACGCCGAGCGUGGCUUUUCCCGCCACCCAGAUACACCAGAUGGGGGCGCUCAACAUCAACAGCCUCCCUCCCACCCCCAUGACCCCGGUGUCGGGUCACGCCCAUCGUCAACGGAUUCACCGGCAUCCCGCAUCAGCCCAACGGACAUCCCGCCGUGGAGGCGGUCUACACCAACGGCCUGCCGCCGUACUCCACCCAGAGCCCCAACGCCGCCGACACGCUCCAGCAGGCCUUCACAGGUGUUCAGCAAUACACAGCAAUCUACCCAGCAACCACGCUGACCCCCAUCAGCCAAACGCUGCCCCAGGCCCCCCAGGUCGUCCAGCAGCAGCAGCAGCGAGAAGGUGAGGGUCCAGAGGGCUGUAACCUGUUCAUCUACCACCUGCCGCAGGAGUUCGGAGACAACGAACUCAUGCAGAUGUUCCUGCCAUUCGGGACCGUCAUCUCCUCUAAGGUCUUCAUGGACCGAGCCACCAACCAGAGCAAGUGCUUUGGUUUCGUGAGCUUCGAUAACCCUGCUAGUGCACAGGCAGCUAUCCAGGCCAUGAACGGCUUCCAGAUCGGCAUGAAGAGGUUAAAAGUGCAGCUAAAGAGACCGAAGGACGCCAGCCGCCCGUACUGACACCGCCAGGCGUCAGCACCCACAGCAGCAGCACAGGUUAGAGGACACACGAGAAAAUCUCGAAGGAGCUGAACUUUUUUCUUUGAAUGCAAACUAAGUUUUAAAAAAAUGAAGACUUUAAGGAGUUUUUUGGAGACAUAUCAACUAUCACACAUGAAGACGUCAGCGAGGUGGUGAAAGGACUCCUGCAGGAGGAAGAGGCGUCUCACCGAGGAUGGUGCAGAACCAGCAGAGGAGGAAAGACGGGAGAGAUCAGCACCAGAACAGUUCUUCUGUUGAGACUGGAUCUGUUAACUAAGCAACAACAAAAGAGCAGCAGCAACAAAUAGAUUUCUAUAUACAUAUUCUAUAUAUCUAUGAGAGAAGCACUACGCUUCUCCAGGACUAAUGAGGGUUCAAACAGAAGAUGGAGGAGACCAGCAGCUUUCUGCAGACUCCCUGUCUCCGUCCGUCUUCUCUUCUGUCUGCAGAAAUAAGGACGAGGUUUCCAGUAGAUCUGUCACCCCAAGGGACCAAAGGACCAAACCUUUUUAUUCUUCUGAACACUGAUAUAUUAUUGAUGAAAAUACCAGGAACUUCUGCUGAAGGUGAAGCUCCAGCAACGGUUUCUAGUUGUGGUUUGAGCAUAAACAGGAAAAGGAAACAGUUCUAUUUUAGCAGCACAGAGUUUAUGGGUUAGAUAGAUGUUCAUCCUUUCUGCCGCCAAGUGAAGAGGACCAACCGGGUCUCAGCAGCCCACCCCGAAACCCGCUUGGAUCCAACAGAACAUCUCUGAGGCACUGCAGGAUACAGAACCGGUCCUGCUGUGUCAGUCAGCAGGUAACAGAUCAGCACCAGUGAUGACCACAACGAGGGGAGUCUGUCAGAGGGGGGCGCCCUGGAGCUCAGCAUCCAUCUGCAUCCAUCAGAAUCCAUCAGUCUGAGAAGCAGAACCGACUGGACCGCCAGCACCAUCAUCACCAGCCUUAAGAGGUCCGUUUAGGAGUCCAUCACUCAGAGAUCUCCUGUCCAGAGCCGCCAUGACGCCGCCGUCAUCACCAUCAGGACAUCAGAUUAGAUCUCAGUGCGAGACUUCACGGAUCUCCCACCCCGUCUCAUCCCUCAGCAAACACGAUUCAACGUUUCCAUGGGAUUAGCCCCGCCCCCUCCUCAAAUCCAGAGCAGAAGUGGACUCUGUCUCAGUUUUUUGUGCCAUGAGCAUAUCAGUGGAGCGCCGGCCAAACUCUUCAGAUGCCUUCCUUCAUCCACAAUUGCCAAAUGAUGCCAGCAUGUCCCCUGAAGCUCCGCCCUCUACUGCCGGGUUACCCCCAUGUGACGGCUCUGAACAGGACACUUUGAUUUUGUAAAACGCUGAUCGGUUGUAGAGCGAGGGUCUGCUCAGGCUGGGGAGGGAUCGAGUCGCACCAGAAGGAGAGGAGUUGGGUUUCUUCUUCUUCUCAGCGGUUUUUCUGCCGGUCACGUUUCUGACACGCCGACCACGUUUUCUCUGUCAGGAAAUGAAGAGUUUCUGUUUUUACCAUUUUAAUGAGCUGUGAUGGAGCUAAACGUUCUGCCAGGCUCAGUCCGCUGCAGCUGAAACAGUCUCCACAUCAUCAGUGGAUGGAAGCAUGCGUCUGCGCAGACAUCCACUGCUAGCUGCAGGAAGUGAUGGCUGGGCGGAGCUUGUGCAGUGGGCGGGCUCACAGAGGAGAGCAGCAGCGGUCCAAGUUGCAUGUUUGAGUCUUUCUUGCAUCCGUCCUUAUCAUCCUUGUUUUAGAUCAGGGGUCCCCAAACUUCUUCUUGUGGGGCCACAUCACUGUUUUCUUCUCUGAUGGGAGCGGGGGCGGCCUGUAGGCUAACAGAAACAGUGCAGCAAUCAGAGCCUAAACAUAAAGAUUUACGGUUAGACAGAAAGACACACAUUUAACAACUCAUUUCUGUAAUCUUCUCAGAACAAACAAUACUAAACAUUUUAAAAACUGGAUAUAUAGCAUUACCUGUGAUAGAUUAAUGGCUAAAAAUACUGAAGCUGAUAGCUAAAAACACAAAAUUAGACUAAAAACUGAAAAAGACUAAAUUAGCUGAAACUGCUAGCCUGUAGCUCAAAUAGCUAAAUAUCAAAUUGGCCUAAAAAACUGGAAACAUUUGUAAUUAGCCAAAACAGCUAACAUAAAGCUAAAACAUUAGCUAAACUCAAAAUUAGACUAAAAACCAGAAGAAGGCUAAAUUAGCUGAAACAGCUAGCAUGUAGCUGAAAUAUCAGCUAAAUUUCAAAUUAGCCUAAAAAACAGGAAAAAUGUGUAAAUCAGCCAAAAGAGUUCGGGGCCGGAUCGGCCCGCGGGCCGGAGUUUGGGGACCCCUGUUGUAGACCCUCCUGUUUCUGAGCAUGCUCACUGAGGGUGGGGGAGGGGCCUCGUUAACCCUGGUUUGAUGCUGAGGACAGAAGCUCGUUAUGAAUAUGAGCCUGCACAGUGUGAGAGCAGCAGGGGUUCGAUGGGAAGGGGGGUGGGGUGCUCCCCUCCUGGUUUCUCAGCACAAACGUUCAGCAGCAGGACGUCUGAGGAGACUCGGCGGCGUGCCGACGCACAGACCAAUCUCAGUACUACGAAGCUGACGGAGUUUACAGGAGAUUCUUUCUUAUCGUUCUGUUUCUGCGUCACAGCGCCACCUGUCUGUGUGGCGGACAGCAUGAAUCUACUGACAGGGAAAAGCAGAAUCUUUUAUAAAUAUUUAAAAAGGCGGCGUGUUCCGUAUUAGCCGGAGAAACCAAACCUUUGGCCCUGCUGUAAUUCUUCAUAUUUGCUGCUUCGACUUCAAUGAUUUAAUAAUUUUCUAAUCUACUCUCUGUUCACGGAUGUAACUUGAUGUUUAUUUAUUUAUUGAUUGAUUGAUUUGCUUUCUGCUCCUGAAGAUGAUGAAGACGUGGAUCUACAGAAGUGCUUCUCGGGGCUUUUCUCUCUUUCUCCUUUUUUCCAAUUUUACAAUAAAAUUUCAAACUGGA